AAUUAUAAUAUAAUAGGAACUGGUCUCUCUGUCUUGCGUAAGGACACGGCCGUUUAAUACCAAACACUAACUCGUGAUAGUCGUGAUUUAUCGAAAGUCCAACGCAAGAUGGCUGGCACCUUUUUGGAGUCUCUCAAGGACAAGGUUGUGAUCGUCACAGGCGCCAGCUCAGGGAUCGGCGUAGAGACUGCUGUUCACUUUGCACGCCUUGGCAGCAAAGUUGUGAUAACCGGCAGAAAUGCCGAAAAUCUUGAGAAAACCAGAAAAAAAUGCGUGGAAGCCUGUGCUGACGAUAGCAAGAUCGUCUCUAUUACUGGUGAUGUGACGAAAUCGGAAGACUGCAAAGUCAUCAUAAAGAAUUGCAUCGAUUCAUUCGGAAAAUUGGACGUUCUGGUGAAUAAUGCUGGUAUCUUGGUGAUGGGUAGUGUCGAAGUAGCCACUGAGGAGGACUACAUCAAACAAAUGGACGCCAACGCAAAGUCUGUCUUCCUAAUGACCACUGCAGCUACACCGCAUCUGAUCAACUCCAAAGGAAAUGUCAUCAACAUUUCCAGCGUUUGCGGCAUAAGAGCGUUCCCAGGCAUAUGCGUUUACAACAUGAGCAAAGCGGCUGUUGACCAGUUCACUGAGAGUGCUGCCCUGGACCUAGCCAAACACGGUGUGCGAGUGAAUGCUGUCAACCCUGGUGUGAUAGUCACUGAGGUUCAUAAGCGAGCAGGCGUCUCCGAGGAGCAGUAUCAACAGUAUUUGGAGCACAGCAAGACCACUCACGCCCUUGGUCGAGUUGGAAAUGUUGAGGAAGUGGCUUCUGUCAUCACUUUUCUGGCAUCCUCAGGGGCCUCUUACAUCACUGGAGCUCACAUUCCGGUAGACGGAGGAAGGCACGCAAUGUGUCCACGUUAAAACGGUGUCAAUAUUUAAAAAUCAAAUAGUACACCCAGUAAAGAACUGUACUGUAGUAGACUGUUAGGAUAAAAUCAAUAUACAAUUUAUUUUUAUAUCGGGCUUUACAUGAGGGAUAAAAUGUAAAUCAAAAGUUCCUUAAAUUGUUAUGUAAACGUUAGUUUUGCUCAUGAAAUACAUUACCAGAAGUAUAAUUAUAUAA